GCCGGAGGAAAACCCUCACUGGUGGAACGCCAACAUAGUGUUCAUCCCGUACUGCUCCAGCGACGUGUGGAGCGGAGCCACCCCGAAGACAGAUCAAAGUGAUUAUGCGUUCAUGGGCUCGCUGAUCAUUAAGGAGGUGGUGAAUGAGCUGCUGACAAAAGGGCUAGAAAACGCCAAGGUUCUGCUCCUGGCAGGCAGCAGUGCCGGUGGGACAGGUGUCCUGCUGAAUGUGGACCAGGUUGCAGAGCAGCUGGAGACCCAGGGAUAUACAGGGGUGCAGGUCAGGGGCCUGGCUGAUUCUGGAUGGUUCCUGGAUAACAAACAGUACAAAUUCACAGACUGCCUGGAUACAAUCAGCUGUGCUCCCACAGAAGCCAUAAAGAGAGGCAUCAGGUACUGGGGAGGACUGGUGCCAGAGAGCUGCAGGCAGGCUCACGUGGGAGAGGAGUGGAACUGUUUCUUCGGAUAUAAAGUCUACCCCACAUUAAAAAGCCCGGUGUUCGUGGCGCAGUGGCUCUUUGACGAGGCCCAGCUGACGGUCGAUAACAUCCACCUGACCGGACAGCCCAUCCACGAGGGCCAGUGGAGGUACAUCCAGAAAUUGGGGCAGGAGCUGAGGCUCACGCUUCGUGACGUACCGGCGAUGUUUGCACCGGCAUGCCUGUCUCAUGAGCUCAUCACGAGAGCGGACUGGACGGACAUCCGAGUGAAAGGAAUCUCCCUCCCCAGAGCCCUCCACUGCUGGGACCGCAGCCUCCAUCACAACCUACACAUCAACAGCAGCCACAGCCACCAAAAGCACAUGACCCCUCCCGUGAGAGGUUGUCUUCUACAGCUGAUCGACAGCUGCCCGUGGCCGCACUGCAACCCCUCCUGCCCGACCAUUCGGGACCAGCUGACAGGACAAGAGAUGAGCGUCAUCCAGUUCCUGAAGCACAUGGGCUUCGACGUGCAGAAGAUGGCUCAGCAGCAAGGGAUGGAGCCCAAGAAGCUACUGGGCAUGCUCAAUAACGGGAACUGAGACACAUUUUCAGAAGAGAGUGGAUGAAAACUGAGAUAUCCACCAACAAAAUAAACACACAAAAGUGCCUCAUAAGUUUUGACAAUAUCGUUCAGCUGAAUACAAUCAAACCAGUGUUUGAGCUCUUAAACUACAGUAUAUGAGAUCAUAUCAGAUCAACAUAACCUCCAUAAAUAUGCAGUUGUAUGUACUGUAUCAUUUAUAUGUGCAGGUCCGUCUCCGGAGUUUUGAUGGGAAAGACUGGAAACACUUCCCAGUUUGUUGUUGUGGAUUUUUCCAGCAUGUUCUUUGUGGGACUUUGGUGCUCACCUCUAAAAUAUCCAGUUCAGAAACCCAUCUACGGUGCUGCUGUUUCAACCUUUCACCAAAUAUGCUGCUUGUUUUUUCUCUUUAUGGAAAAGAUAAUUUAAUGGGUAAUAUUUACUAAUAUAAAGAUGAAAUAUUACUUUGUUCUUCAGGCCACGGUUAAAGGAUUUAUUUAUUUUUCUACUGAAGAGAUCUUUUUAUAUUUCCUUAUGGUCAAACACAGUUAACCACCUACAUACCACCAACUACAUAUUUGGCUUUUUACCUGCAUGUUUGUUUAAAAAAAGAAGAAAGAAAGAAAAGAAAGUGUAUGCUUGUAGAGUGCAUUAUGUCCAUACUGUUCUUCAGGCUGUAAACCUUAUAUUUUGUUGUAUGGUAGUAGUGCCCACUCCUUUUAAACGCACUAAUAAAGACAAAU